GACCCGGAAGGAGAUGGAGCUCGCAGGGGUGGCCCAGUGACUCGAGGUUGACUUCCGGGUCACGGCGGAGCGGGCUUUCACGUGGAGGCGGGGAACUUUGGCCUACGGGGAUGAUCACCAAGACACACAGGGGAGACCUGAGCCCUGGGCUCCCGGAGAAAAAGAAGAAGAAGAAGAAGGUGGUCCAAGAGCCAGAGACUCAAUACUCACUUUUAAACAGUGGCAAUUAUUUCUCUGAGGUCUUCCCCAUUAGGGCCACAACCCCCACUAAGAGUGUGGUCCAGGGGCAAGUGCCCGAGAUGCCACUAGUGAAGAAAAAAAAGAAGAAGAAGAAGGCCUGCGAGGAGCCCCCGGAACGGGGCGCCCUGUCCCCUCCCCGACGGAUCAAAUCGUCCAGCCCCAGGAAGCAGGUUCUUGGCCUCUCUGAGUUCCUCGCAGGGGAGAAGAAGAAGAGGAGGAGGAAGUCCUUGUGGCCUCUGGCCAUGUCCCCUGACUCGAGGAUGAAGACCAACCUGGAUCCCAGACAGGGUGAGGAAGUGACCAGAGUUGGCAGGAAGCUCAAAAAACACAAGAAGGAGAAAAAGGCCCGGGAAUCCGUGUCCUGCUCAGCCAAGGACCCUUGGUUCUGCGAGGCUGGGGAUGUUCCAUGGGCCUGCGCCAUGGGGGGUGGUGACAAGGGGCAGGCAGCCUCAGGGCAGAAGCGGAAGCAGGGGAGCCUCAGGGAACGCAGUGUAAAGAUAAAGAAGAAAAAGAAAGUCUGCCAGGAGGGCGACACUCUCCUGGGGUACGCCAAACUCUCCAGGUCCGCGGAGAGCAGCCCGAGGAAAGGAGGUAAGAAGAAACCCGUCAGAGUGGAGGCUCCUGAGUACAUCCCAGUAGGGGAUGGCCCCAAGGCCUCAGCAAAGAAGAAAGUGAAGACCAAGAAGAAGACAGAGCUGCCGGGUGUUGAGGAGCUGACUCUGAAGAAGAAGAAGAAGAAGAAGAGGAAAGACAGCACCGUGGCAGGAAAGCCCCAGGAGGACGAGGAGCCGGACACUGACCUGGAGGUGGUGCUGGAAAGGAAGGGCAACAUGGACGAGGCACACAUAGACCAGGUGAGGCGGAAGGCCCUGCAGGAGGAGAUUGACCGGGAGUCAGGCAAAACGGAAAGUUGUGAAUCCAAGAAGUGGAUGGGGACCCAGUUUGGCCAGUGGGAUACUGCUGGUUUCGAAAAUGAGGAAAAGAAAAUGAAAUUUCUCAAACUCAUGGGUGGCUUUAAAAAUGUGUCCCCGUCACUCGGCCGCUCCAGCGUGAAGGGAAGGCCCAACAUGGCCCUCAACAAGAAGGCGGCCGACACCCUGCAGCAGAGCCUGCAGCGGGACUACGACCGCGCCAUGAGCUGGCAGUACGGCCGGGGGGCCGGCCUCGGCUUCUCCGCCACCCCCGACAAAAUCUUUUAUAUUGACAGGAACGCUUCCAAGUCGAUAAAGUUUGAAGAUUAAACUCCAAUGUUUUGUCCUCCAAAACGACCAGAACUGCAUUUAUUCUUUAGUUUCAUGGUGACAGCCACCCAGUUGUCGGGAGCCCCGCUCCGGGGGUACGAGGACAGCUGCGCUGACCCGCUUGGACAGACGGGGCGGGGGUGGCGUCGGAGCCGAAGGGGCAGGCGCGGCUGACCACGCCACCUCCCGCUUCCGUCCCAUGUGGAGACAUUGGUGCGUGUAAACGCUACUUCAUGUUUAUGGGUGCUUGGCCCGUGCCGGGAACACGCCAACGUGUUUCCCUCACAGUAAUGUAGUUCUCUCGUCUUUGUUACUACGAAACAGGUGCUACAUUAUCCCCAUCUUACAGAUGAGGAAGCCUGGGUUCAGGGAUGAAGUAAUAAAAUUGCCCGGGUCGGCAGCCAGUAUGUGCCAAGUGUGCUUUUCUACCCCGAGCCCUUCGUCACGGUGCCGCUUGAACGUGCCUCCAGGGGAUUCACCGGCUCCUUGCCGAGGAUGAAGCCGUCUUCUGGCCGAAGA